CCAACCGGUAAAGAAAGCACUGAAGGUAGAACCACGCAUGCGCAGCGCCCUGCUUGUUAUUGUCGCUGUCGCCUUCUGUCUGCCACUUUGGGAGAUGGUGAGGCUCUCAGAUGGAGGCAGUGUGUGAGCAGCAGGUCCAUGGAGGUGAUGAUGAUGAUGAGGAGGAGGAGGCAGGAGCCGAUGAGGCCAUGCUGUGGUCCUUCCAGGAGGCUCUGGAGAGACAGACCCUGCAGAUAGGAGCAUCCGCCUGCGGGGCCACAGCUGUGGUGGACGUGCUGAAGGCCCUCGGCAUGGCUGUGGCCCCUGAGGAAGCAGACCGCUGCGUCCAAACACGGCUGAGGAGGAACGAGUCACCGCUGCCGGACUACCUGCUGUCCCGGAGUGAAGCCGGUGCGACUCACGCUCAGCUCAUCCGAGGAGCAGAGGAGGCCAGUAAGGGGAAGGUAAUUGGUUGCUUCUUCCACCUUCACCCUCGGCGGCAGGUCAGACUCGUCCCCUGGCUCGCACGCUGGAUCCAAAACGGCGCUGUUCCCGUGGCAACCAUGAACAUGCAGCUGGCUGUACCCGAGGGAGAGGAGGUGCCCGACGCCUGGCACCAUCAGCUCAUAUUUGGCGUUGCACCUAAUGCUGUGUUCAUGACCAAUCCUUUAGAUGUAGUAAGUGAGGGAGAAGUGCACCGGAGACUCUGCAGUGAAUCGGUGUUGCUGAUUCGUCGAGAAGACGUUCUGCAGAGACUGACGCCAGAUUGCUGUCUGUCCAGCUUAUCGGACAACCAGUCUGACCCGCGCUGGAAAGCCCUGGAUGUCGAGGGUCAAGUAAGGCAGAUGGCCCUUGAUGAGCAACAGGAACAAGAUCCACCCAAGUUAACACACAUCAAGAUCCCCGCAGCGUACAGUUCAGGCAUCACACUGUUCGCUGUACGACAGACCGAGUUAGGACAAGAACUCCUCAAUGCUCCCGAACUCCCUUUGUUGUAACUGGACUGCACCUCAUGGACUUAAAGCUUGAAGACCUAUACAUUGGGACGUGAAAUAUUUAAAUUGAUAAAAUAAUGCUAUCGAUCCUACUGAGUAGGAUCAGCAGAUAUGCACCCUGCCAACGACUGACAAGAAACAAAAAUCAAUAUUUAUUACUCAUUGUUAUACAACCUCUGUUCUCUAACCUAAGCUGCACAAGCAUCCUUUUGCAGCAAGUUUCUACAUGUCAUCAAACUGCUGAAAAUAUCUUCACCAAUUCACUGUUAUCAAUGUUCAUUUUUAUCACUGAUACCUUUUUACAAUGCAUUUUCAACACUUUCAUGUCAGUUAAUUACUUGAAUAAAGUAUGUUUGAAUUAA